AUUUAUUUAUUUUUUUGUUUUCAUAAAUUUUUUUUGUCAAAACCGUCCCUAAACUUCGACUUCCAUAGUUCCAUGGAUUUUAACCCAAAAGAAAGAAGAAAGCAUUGGUUUCUUAAUCACUUUACGUUAGCGGCAAGCGAAUUGAAUUCAAGCAACCGUGAAGAAAUUUCAAAGCCCUAAAUCUCUCUCUCUCUCUCUCUCUCUCAAAGUGUGGUGCGACUGUGAGAGACUAUGGAAAUAGAUAGGGCUGAUGGCCGUACGCCAAACCAGCUGAGACGACUCGCUUGUUCUCGCAACAUCCUUCACCGUGCCCAUGGCUCAGCGAACUGGUCUCAAGGAGAUACAAAAGUCCUUGCAGCAGUUUUUGGACCAAAAGCCGGGACAAAGAAGAAUGAAAACCCUGAGAAGGCCUGUGUUGAAGUCAUUUGGAAGCCUCAAACAGGGCAGAUUGGAAAACUGGAAAAGGAGUAUGAGAUGAUAUUGAAAAGGACUUUGCAAAGCAUCUGCCUUUUGACCGUUAAUCCAAAUACUACGACCUCAGUUAUAGUUCAGGUUGUCAGUGAUGAUGGUGCGCUUCUUCCAUGUGCCAUUAAUGCAGCAUGUGCUGCUCUUGUAGAUGCUGGAGUUCCUCUGAAACAUCUGGCUGUUGCCGUCUGUUGUUGUGUGGCAGAAAGUGGAUAUGUUAUACUAGACCCUACCAAAUUGGAAGAACAGAAGAUGAAGGCAUUAACUUAUUUGGUCUUCCCAAACUUGAUUCACUCAGUUCUGCCAGAAGGAUCAUCGCUUGUGGGAGGUGAACCUAUGGGGCAUGGUGUCAUUACAUCUGUUACCCGAGGUGUGAUGCCAGUGGAUGAUUAUCUUCACUGCCUGGAACGAGGGCGUGCUGCAUGUGCAAAGAUGUCAGAUUUUCUCAGGAGAAGCCUGCAGUCCCAACUCCCAAGUGACUCCACCAAGGCUGCGUGAUUUCUGACCUGAUUUCUAAAAGCAUUUGAUAAUCAACCAAUUGAUGCUGUUUCGUUGGUGGUGGUUGCUUCCUUGUCUGUAAUCGGAGAUCACACUCUUUUUUUCUGGUAGGUUAUCACAAGUUUUACCUAACCCACCUGAUGAGCAUAAAACCCAAUGUGAAAAUGUUAUGCAUUGGACUGCUAAUUACCCCAACACAAAGACAUACGAACCGGGGAAAAAGAAGAAAGGUAGGGGUUUACUAAGAUUAUUCUUUUGACAUGAAUGUGCCCAAUUGUGCUGGUUGAUUAUGGCUUAAUUCAGAUGUAAGAAAAAGAAUUGUAUGGUAAGUAAAGACAGCUCUAUCUUUUGUAGUCACUAGAGGGGUCGUAAUGAAAAUAAUUUGGCUUUUGAUGAUAAA